UGAUGUCAUGGACCUGCCCCGCGUGGAUAUAAAAGCUCCAUCCUGGCACUGGACAGCAUCAAGCCUCCAGCAGAGGAACUCAGAGAGCAUCCCAACAUCCAAGCAGAGGACCAAGCUGUAAGUAUUCUCUCUAUCAUCAUUCAUCCAGGUCAGCAUAGAUCCUACGUGUGCUUUCAAUCUUUCUGCCGUCUUCUGAGUCAAGCUGCUGCGUUUGUGUGUCUAGAAAAGCAGUUGAAAGUGGGGAGAGGUUCACACUUUAAUGGUUGACACAAUAAAGUGUGUCCAUGCUUCCAGUGAUUCCUCUCAUGUCCAACGUCUUCAUUUAGUUGAAUGAACGUUAACAAAAAGAGUCCGUGCAGCUAAAAGGUGUUGAGUUAAAUCCAGUCUUUAUUUGAAACCAAAUCUGAUCAACUCUCAAUGGUUUGAUGUUUAAAGCAGAGAAACUCCUGAACACCAUGAAGAUGAUGAUGAUCAACAUCUGUGUCGUCCUCCUUCUGUUUGUUGCCUCAGGCAACGGGCAAACGUCAACUGCUACUACAACGACAACCACUGCCGCAACGACAACUGCUGCUCCUACAACGACAACCACUGCCGCAACAACGACAACUGCUGCUCCUACAACGACAACCACUGCCGCAACAACGACAACUGCUGCUCCUACAACGACAACCACUGCUGCCCCAACAACGACAACCACUGCAGCAACAACGACAACUGCUGCUCCUACAACGACAACCACUGCCGCAACAACGACAACAACUGCUGCCCCAACAACGACAACAACUGCCGCAACAACGACAACUGCUGCUCCUACAACGACAACUGCUGCUCCUACAACGACAACCACUGUGGCAACAACAACUGCUGCCCCAACAACGACAACUGCUGCUCCUACAACGACAACCACUGCCGCAACAACGACAACCACUGCAGCAACAACGACAACUGCUGCCCCAACAACGACAACCACUGCAGCAACAACGACAACUGCUGCUCCUACAACGACAACCACUGCCGCAACAACGACAACAACUGCUGCCCCAACAACGACAACAACUGCCGCAACAACGACAACAACUGCUGCCCCAACAACGACAACAACUGCCACAACAACGACAACCACUGCUGCCCCAACAACGACAACCACUGCCGCAACAACGACAACUGCUGCUCCUACAACGACAACCACUGCCGCAACAACAACAACAACUGCUGCUCCUACAACGACAACCACUGCCCCAACAACAACAACUGCUGCUCCAACAACGACAACCACUGCCCCAACAACAACAACUGCUGCUCCAACAACGACAACCACUGCCGCGACAACAACAACUGCUGCUCCAACAACGACAACCACUGCUGCCCCAACAACGACAACCACUGCUGCCCCAACAACGACAACCACUGCCGCAACAACGACAACCACUGCUACUCCAACAACGACAACCACUGCCGCAACAACAACAACAGCUGCUCCAACAACAACAACAACUGCAGCUCCUACAACGACAACUACUGCACCAACAACUACAACCACUGCCGCAACAACAACAACUGCAGCUCCUACAACGACAACCACUGCCGCAACAACGACAACCACUGCUGCCCCAACAACGACAACCACUGCCGCAACAACGACAACAACUGCUGCCCCAACAACGACAACCACUGCCGCAACAACGACAACAACUGCUACUCCAACAACGACAACCACUGCCGCAACAACAACAACAGCUGCUCCAACAACAACAACAACUGCAGCUCCUACAACGACAACUACUGCACCAACAACUACAACCACUGCCGCAACAACAACAACUGCAGCUCCUACAACGACAACCACUGCCGCAACAACGACAACAACUGCUGCCCCAACAACGACAACGACUGCCGCAACAACAACAACUGCUGCCCCAACAACGACAACCACUGCCGCAACAACUACAACAACUGCUGCCCCAACAACGACAACCACUGCCGCAACAACAACAACUGCUGCUCCUACAACGACAACCACUGCUGCAACAACGACAACAACUGCUGCCGCAACAACGACAACAACUGCCGCAACAACAACAACUGCUUCCCCAACAACGACAACCACUGCCGCAACAACUACAACAACUGCUGCCCCAACAACGACAACCACUGCCGCAACAACAACAACAACAGCGACCCCAACAACAACAACAACUGCUGCUCCUACAACGACAACCACUGCCCCAACAACGACAACUGCUGCGGCAACAACAACAGCAGCUGUUCCAACCACUACAACAACCGCUGCCGCAACAACGACAACUGCUGCCGCAACAACAACAACUGCUGCUCCAACAACAACGACAACUGCCGCAACAACAACAACUGCUGCCCCAACAACGACUACCACUGCCGCGACAACAACAACUGCUGCCCCAACAACGACUACCACUGCCGCGACAACAACAACUGCUGCCCCAACAACGACUACCACUGCCGCGACAACAACUGCUGCCCCAACAACGACUACCACUGCCGCGACAACAACUGCUGCCCCAACAACGACAACCACUGCCGCAACAACGACA